GGGAGGCCCGGCGAGCGGGGCUCGGGGGGCGCUGAGGCGGGAGGCGAGCGGGGCCGCCAUGGAGGACGAGCUCUACCUGGAGAACAUCGACGAGUUCGUCACGGACCAGAACCGAGUCGUGACGUACAAGUGGCUGAGCUAUACGCUAGGAGUGCAUGUCAACCAGGCUAAGCAGAUGUUAUAUGACUACGUGGAAAGAAAGCGAAAGGAGAAUUCCGGAGCCCAGCUGCACGUCAUCUACUUAGUGGCAGGAAACCUUGUUCAGAAUGGAUUCAUGAGCCACAAGGUCGCAGUAGUGAGAGAGGAUAAGCUAGAAGCAAUGAAGUCAAAGCUGGCGACCGUUGCCAGCGUGCACGUGUACAGCAUCCAGAAAGCCAUGCUGAAGGACAGCGGCCCACUCUACAACACAGACUAUGACAUCGUCAAGGCGAACCUGCAGAACAGCAGCAAGUUUAGUGCUAUUCACUGUGCUGCUGCAGUUGCCCGGACGGCUGCCGAAACAUCUCAGACUGAAACUCUGGCGCAUGUGGAUUCCCAGCCGGCACACAGCACAAAUGCCAGCAUGGCUUCUGUGGUCAACGGUCAUGCCUCGAGUGCUGCCUCAAAGCAGACCUCCCAGCAGGCCAAAGGCAUUAUGGCAAUGUUUGCCACAAAACCUGUUACCAAAUCCCAAGACACACACAAAGAAUCCAAAAUGGAGGCUAAAGAAACACCAAGUGCCUCCGCUGCAAGCAGCAAGCCAGUCGCUAAAGGAAAUGUGCUGAACAACUUCUUUGGAAAAGCUGCUAUGAGCAAAGCCAACACUGAGCCUGAAGAGCGAAAGGAGGAAAAAGCAGCCGCGAAAUCUCCCAUUUCUCCAGCGGAGCCAAAAUCGCUCUCUGACCCCGCGGCACCCAAGAAAACGGGCAAGAAAGCCGAGGCUGCCAAAGUUCAGCAGAAGGACAAGAAAAGAACAAAGCGGGUCGAGAUGUCGGAUGACGAGAAAGAGGCUGAAGGUCUGAAGAGAAAGAGGCGUCGAAUCAAACUCCCUCGUUCCGAGAGCAGCAGUGAGGAGGAUGUCCCAGCAUCACCCGUAACUCCUGAAGCAAAAGAUUUUUCUCCUGAGCCAGUCCUGAAGAUACAGCCAGACCCUGUGCCCGUGGAGGCUUCAGCAGGAGGAAAGAAGCGGAAACGGAAGCGAGUGCUGAAGUCCAAAACUUUUGUUGAUGAGGAAGGCUGUAUGGUUACCGAAAAGGUUUACGAGAGCGAGUCCUGUUCGGACAGCGAAGAAGACUUCCGGUCCAAGCCCCCUGCAGCCCACAAGCCUCCAGCUGGGACUGCGAGGAAGGAGCCGAAAGAGGACAGGAAAGGCACAAAGAAGGGGGCGGCUGCAGCCAACAAGGCGAACAAGCAAGCAUCUAUCAUGGGCUUUUUCCAGAAGAAGUGACCCAGAGCCCCCUGAGAGAUUUCUGCAGAGUCAAUCCCCACCUUCUGUGACACAGUAAUUUCCGAGUGAGCGAGUUGAGUUCUGGACCUUUCCGCAGUCUGGAAAGCGGACUGCACAGAUAGCAGGCGCCGGAAGCAACAGGCGGGUUUCAGUUUCCACUGUGUAGCCUUACUGCAUGAUGGCCUUUUAAACUUUUUUUUUGAAGGCUAGCCUUUGAGCUCUCCCUGUCUAGGCUAGCUCCAGGAAUGAAUUAUCUUCUCCCGUUGGCUCGUCACUAGCAUCUCUUUCCCCCUUUCCCUUUACCUCUUGGAAUGGCUCGUCCUGGCAAGUGUGGCUUUAGAGGCUGUUUCGUGAGUGCUGUGGGGUCAAGCUGCCACUGGGGGGAGACCGAGAUUCAGAUCUGCCAAGAGGUGGGAAGUUCUGAAAGGCGCUUCCCAGAAAAGUCCCUUGGAACAAGGCUGCAUCGCUUGACUCCUUUUGGAGGAGAGCCCUUCACGUCUCCCUGAGAGCCAAAAGACUCAGAUCAAGGUUGGGAGUCCUGAUUCCACCGUAAGACAGGCCUCCUUUUAAAAAACAACUGCGCAUGUGCCUGGUUGGUUGAAGCUGGGGAGCAGUUGUGCCUUGAUUUCUUCUGCAUUCAGCUGUGAUGGGCGCGUACAUUAGUGUCAGCUUCAGCAUCCAUUCGUCAGUCGCUGCCAGGUACAACCAAAGGCAACAAAUCAACGGAGCCUUUUAGAUUUUCUCACCCUUGUGUUGCAAACGCCGCGAGGAAAAGGCGCUAGCUUUAAAAGCGAGAUUUUAAAAGUAUUAAGGCCUCCUGCACAAGAAGAGCGUGUAUCUGCUAUGACAAGGGAGGAGAGCUGGGAUUUGGUGUUCCGAUCCACAAACUGCAAAAAUAUAUAUAUUUUUUUCCCAAGACUUCGCAUGGCCAGUGUCAAGUCAGCCCGCUUUCUAAAGUCGGUUGCAGUCUGUCUACAUUUCUUUCCAGACCUUGCCCGAAAGAGAAAUCCGUUCUGCAUUUUAAGUCCAAGUUCCUCUCACCUUUACGUAUUGUAAUAAACAGGCACACAGGAAAGUUGAUUUGGCAUCAUCUGUGGGAUUCAGUGUAAUGGCUGAGGAAGGCUUUGUGUCCUUGGGACAGUGUUGUUGUGUUUUUUCAUCUGUGUGUUGUUUUUAAGAACGGAAUGGGGGCCUCUGCUACGAGAGGCCGGGAAACCCUGGUUUGGCUUUUUCUAAGUAUUCUGUCUCUUUCUAAAAAUUAAAACACCACUUCCGUUUUUUUUUUUUCCUUUGGUGCGCUCAGCAGUUUAU